AUGCGGUUCUCCGGCAGCCUUAUCUUCGGCCUCUUGGCCGUAAAUGGCCUGGCUCAAACAGUGGUACCAGACCAACAACCAAGCGACGUCGCCCAACCAGAAGCUUCAGCGCCUGCCGCAGAGGAACCUUCAGUCCCAGCCCAAAACCAACCUUCAGUUCCCGCCGAUGAUGGCGAUGAUGCAUCACCAACAGACGCAGGCGACUCUCCCAUAGCCACGGCCGUCCCAGAGCCGACAGCCGAUGACCCUGAAGAAACAGCUGGCGCUUCUCAAAUAUCAGGCGGCGAUCAACCAACGGCGACAGCAAGCGAUGGUGAUGAUGAUGAUGAUGAGGCUACAACAGCGGCCGAAGAGACAGCGACGGCAGAUGCUUCAGCUACCGGCGAUGACGAUGCUACAGCUACAGCCACAGCGACCGAUACAGACGACGAUGCGACCGACACAGCUACUUUAACCGCCACCUCCAGCUCCGCGCCGACAAGCACCGAAGCCGUUGUUGAGGUCAAUCUAAACAACGCGACUAUCGGCGAUAACGCAGAAUUGAUCAAGGUGGACGGCAAGCCCGCAAUUAAAUUGAGUGCCCCCGCCAACGGGCAAGCGACUUUCAGCGUACCGGUCGAGACCGACGACGACGACUUCGCCUCCGACGACCUCCUCUACAUUGUCGCAUCGAUUCGCGUCGGCGAAGCCUCCGGUAGCGCAAAGCUCCGACGAAGAGACACACAGACAGACUGUAGUCUGCAGAUCCAAGCUGGAGGCCAGACCGUCUACAACGAACCUCUAUCUACUAACAAUGGCGAGUUCCAGGACGUUACCAGUAGCGGUAUCUCGUCCUCGGACAUGGGCAAGGGGAAUGUGGAGGUUACGCAGAAGUGUGGCGACAAGCCAGAACCUCUUACCGUCCGCAAUGUCCGCGCCGGAACCGAAAGCGCCGUGAAGUCGUCCGGAGGUUCUGGAAGCGGCGGCUCUGGUGGGGGCAGCGGCGGAAGCGGCAGUGGAGGCUCUAGCGGUGGUUCUAAUGGGGGUUCCGGUUCCGCAACGACUGGGGCUGGAGCACGAGAGACUGGCGAUUCCGGUAACUUGGGAAUCAAGGCCGAGGCUAGUAUUGGAGCUUUUGCAGCGGCCAUUUUGGCUGCCGCGGCGUUGUUCUGA